CUGGAAGGCUGAGAGGGGAUCUGGUCAGUGCUCAUGAAUAUCCAACAGGCAGCAGUCGAGUGGGUGGGGCCAGGCUCUUUUCGCAGCUGCCCAGUAACAGAAUGAAGGGCCAACGGGCACGCACAGGAACGCUGGAAAUGCCCUGCGAACAGGAGGCAACAUUUCUUGAGUGCGAAGGUAUCAGAGAAGUGGAGCAGGCUGCCCGGAGAGGGUGCAGAGUCCCCUUCUGUGGGAUUCAAGGCCUGAACAACAGUUAACGCGACUCUGCCCGGACGAUUUCCGGGGCAGCCCACCACAGGGAACCUGCUUUAGCGGGGCUGCGGCCUGGACGGUCGUUCCGAGCUCCGUUCCGAGCCGUCUGUCCCAGCCUGCGCUUCUUUUGGGGGAGGCGCUCGGCACGGAGCAGCCGCGCUCCGCAGCGCAGCAGGGAAUCGCCUCGCCUCGCCUCGCCUGGAGGGGUUCGCCCAGUCAGGGAGCCGUUGUCCUCCGCCUGGCAGCGCCGAUCCGACGGGGCAGCCGCUGCGGAGCGCAGCGAGCAGGGCGAGCGUCCGGGGCGCGGGGCGGCAGUAGGCCGGGCCGGGAAGUGGAACGGCACGGCAGUUGGCGCGGGGCCUGGAAUGUGCCCGCUAGUUAGUGGGCCUGUCGGCUGCGUGCCGGACAGCGUGCCUCAGCGGGGUGUCCAGCAGGCAGAAAGGCCCGGGGAGAAACAAAGAAAGAAGGAGAGUGGGGAUUCAGAGACUCUGCCUGAAGAAGGGGCAGUCGAAGCGUGUGGCUGCAGCGAGUGCCUGCCUGAGUCUGAUGGUGCCGGAGAAGGGAGGCAAGAGCCUGGGGCAAUUUGCUCAGCACCUGGCAUGAUGGCUGCAGCUGGAAACUCAGCUGUCUCCGGUGGUAAAAGGAUCCCAGUGCAGGAACUGGCUUCGUUAAAUGAAUUGUGAAGGGGGAAGGGGACAAAAUGAGGGCCUCUGGGGCUGAUCAGGUAGUUCGAGGGUACAUAUGGAACUUGGUGGAUGACGAGAGUGGAGUCCAAAGGGAUGGAAAAGGACUGAGGGAUGCUGUUGCUCUAGGGGAUACUAGAUCUUCCAGAACAGCAGUGAGCUUCAGCUGCACUUGCAGCAGAAACCACCGUGACCAAGUGGCUUGCGAUUGCACAGAAGUAGGCACCUCUCGAUGUAUGCGAUACUGUUGGUGUGCUACUUUCACACUGGGGAUGUGUGGCUUUCCAAGGGUCUUGUUGUUGCCGGUAACAGGCAGCGUAAGGGAGGCCAUUCUGCCUGGGUGACUUGUUAGAGAAGCUAAUGAGUGUCACAUCCCUCCGUUUUUUGUGCAUGCACACACACUCAAAGCAAGUGCAAAGAACUUGCCUGCGUAUUUGCUGCAGCUUUUGGUAGCUGUUUCUUUCCUUAAAACUCAUGUGGCCAAAGAGGUGGAGCAGGGUAAGAAAUGUCCUGAUUGUGCUACGGGAGCACAUCAGCGUGUCAAAGAACUAGGAGCGCAGCCUGAAGUAAGAUGUUGCGCGACUAUGUCGCUCCCGCAUUGUCAGUGGUCAAAGAGAAGAGAGGAAAACGCAUUUCAUUUCUUUUUCUCAUUGCAGAACGAGCUCUCUGGGUUCAUCAGUUACGUGAAGCUGCAAGUGCUGAGCAACUGGGGCCACCCGGAGUACACCUGUCUGUAUCAGUUCAGGCUCCACGGCGAUCCAGCCCGUGACGACGAUGCCAGGGGAAAACUAUCUGGCUAGGGGAAAUUUAUUUGGCUUGGGGAAAUUGAUUUGGCUUGGGGAAAUUGAUUUGGAAGAAAGCCCAUUCCGGAUGCCGAAUUAUGCCAGCGAGACUUCAGGCGCUGCUAUCGUUCAUUCCAAGACUUCUCCCUCCUGGACUGGAAGUGGGAAAGUCUUUUGGCAGUCGUUGCUGGUGACACCUUAUAUGAGGGCUCCUGAGAUUAUUCUUGAGCCUGACAAUCAUCCAGGAAACUGCUGGCCCUUCCCAGGAAGCCAAGGGGAGGCUUGGGGAAAUUGAUUUGGCUUGGGGAAAUCUAUUUGGCUUAUCUCAAAAUAAAUUAAACAAAUAAAAAAUUAAACAUUU